AUGCGUGAAGCAAAAAUAAGCUUUGGACAUUCUCCCAAAACCCAUGUCCGCUAUGCUAAAAUUGUAAUAGAUAAUAUGAGCAUCCCGUUAUUCGAUGAAGAUUUUAACAAAGCCAGCUCCACUAAAAAUAAUUUAUCUAAAUUAACAGAAUCUAAACCUGGUCUAGCUCAAGAGAAGAGUAAGAAAAAUAAUGUCAAAUAUUCCACAGAUGCUUCUUCUAAUUCAGACACUUCAGAUAGCGAUUCAAGUAAUUCUUUCACAUCUAGUUCAGAAAUAGAAGUUACACAUAUGCAUAAGACUAGAGUAGUAAAGAAACGCCCUAUUCGAAAGCGUAAAGUAAAAG